AUGCGGAAUAACUGGGUGGUGAAGGACCUCCGGGAGAGGAUCUUCGGGAACAUGACCUUCGACGAGAUACACAUUUGGAACACCAAUUUGGUCGCCUUGGAUCCGUCGGCCGUGCUCUCGUCGAAGGACCGCCUCGAAUCCCUGACGAUUUCCCACAGCCUCCUGGAAGAGUUCCCGUUUCGCGUCCUUCCUCGAAUGACUCGUCUGAGGACGCUGCAUCUCUCGCACGGCUUCUUGAAGUCGGUGCCCGCCUUGGAAAGCCCAAGUCUGAAGAAUCUGCUGCUCUGGAACAAUGAAAUCCAUGCACUCGAACCUAGGUGGUCCAUGCCGGUCUUGGAGAGACUCGAUAUCAGCCACAAUCCAAUCUCCGAUCUCCCUCCCGGAAUGGUCGAAGGCAUGAGGAACUUGAUGUCUUUUGAUGCGUCACAUUGCAAUCUGGGACCGGUUUUACGAAAUGGAUCUUUGGCGUUCCAGAGCAAAUCUUUGGCUAAGAUAUUUCUCCAAGAAAAUGACAUCGUCAAACUGGAACCAGGAGCCAUCACAGGGCUCAGAAACGACACACGUCUGGAUCUGAGAGGCAACAAAAUCAGGAAUUUAACGGAGGGCUCUUUCCGGCCCAUGCUUGAGCAUCUCUCCUCAGGGACAUCCGGCUUCAUCUUUCUCUGGGGGAAUCCAGUAAUAUGCGACGAGUGGCUCGUACGUAGUCCCGACUUCAAGAAGUUUCUGCAGAGACUGGAGGGCGUGGAAUGUGUGUCCAAAAGUUCCAAGUCUCCUGCAAAAUAGUGCUCCAGAGGAUUUUUUCCUUUCUUUGUCUUUCAGUUACGUGGCGUCCGUAUGGGAAAGUGUUGAUGGAAAAAAUAAAUUUUAAUGAAGUUUGCAUAAACUUUGCUCUAUAUUUGAACGACCUGAUGACUUGAAGAAUUACUGUAAGAC